CGGCGAUGUCGGCAAUGUCGUCUAUUCGGCGGGAAAUACUAGCAAAUAACAGAAUAGAUUAAUAGAACUAAUAGAAGGUCAACAAGGUGAAGUCAAGUGUGCGUGAUCACCUUAGUUUCUCAUCAAAACAAAAGGCUUUCGCAAAAAAGUAAUAAACCGCAAUCGACAAUAAUGUAUCAGUUAACCGAAGGAGCGGUGGAGAAAAUUAUGCGAGGCAUAGAUGUCCAUAAUCCAGUGCUCCAAAUAUUGGGUUAUAAGAAACUGCCAAGAAAUGUUAAUAAAGAUGGUUCUGCUACUGAACGAUUCAGAUUGUUAAUAUCGGAUGGACAGAAGUUAAACUCAUUCACGAUGUUGGCUACUCAAUUGAAUAAUCUAAUCACAGAGAAUAUUUUAAAUGAUUAUGCGAUCUGCAAAAUAACCAAUUAUCACAUGAGUUCAGUGAACAAUAGUGGCAAAGAAAAACGCGUUAUGCUGAUACUGGGUAUCGAAGUGUUGGUUCCUGGCAAUGAAGUCGGAAACAAAAUAGGUGAUCCGACUAAUAUAGAAAUGAAGUCAGAAUCUGAGUGUACUACAUCUAUGUCUGUGCCUAAAGCUACAAUUGCUCCUUUUCAUAAUGGUUCAACCAGAAAUGUUACUUCAAAUCAUCAAAUGUCUUCUGAAAUAUGUACUACACCAAUCGCAGCAUUAAGUCCUUACCAAAACAAAUGGGUAAUCAAGGUUCGUGUGACCAAUAAGUCUCCGAUCAAAACGUGGAGCAACUCUCGUGGAGAAGGGAAGCUGUUUUCCAUGGAUCUGAUUGAUGAAAGCGGCGAAAUUCGAUGCACUGCAUUUAGAGAUCAGUGUGAGAAGUUCUACGACAUGAUAGAGACUGGAAAUGUGUACUAUAUCUCACGGUGUACACUAAAGGCAGCAAACAAAAAAUUUUGCACAUUGAAAAAUGAUUAUGAGAUGACUUUGACUAACGAAACGGAAAUCAUACCUUGCCACGAAAAUAGCGAUGAUAUUCCGACGUUACAGUUUGACUUCCGUUCCAUAAGUCAAAUUGAAAACAUAGAAAAAGAUAAUAUAAUAGAUGUCUUGGGUGUCGUUACAUCCUUUAACGAGGUACAACACAUUACACAGCGAUCUACUGGUCGAGAACUCAUAAAGAGAGAUGUGAAUAUUGUCGAUAACAGCGGUACGAUGGUAUGCCUUACACUGUGGGGUAAGCAAGCUGAAGAUUUUGAUGGUUCCAAUAAUCCAAUCGUAGCCAUUAAGGGAGCGCGCGUGGGUGAAUUUAAUGGUGGAAAGAACUUGUCCCUUUUACAUUCCUCUGUACUUGAAAAGGAUCCUGAUCUUCCUGAAGCACACAGAUUGCGCGGAUGGUACACCGCAGUCGGCCACUCAGAAAAUGCAAAAUCAUUGUCUAAAGUAAGUGGAGGUGGUGAUUUUAAUGCGCCAUUGUACACUUUUGAAGAGGCGACCGAAGCUCGAUUGGGGGAGAAAAUGAAUCUUGUAGAUACGUUUACGGUGGUGGCGACUAUUAAUACAAUCCGCGUGGAAAAUGCUGUCUACAAGGCGUGUCCCGUAGAAAGUUGUAAGAAGAAGUUAAUCGAUCAAUCUACUGGAGUCUUUAGAUGCGAGAAAUGUAACAAGGACUACCCAAAUUUCCUGUAUCGCUUACUGGCAAGUAUGAAUAUAGUGGAUGCAACUGGCAGUCGCUGGAUAACUGCCUUUAGCGAAGAUGCUGAAAAGAUAUUGGGAAUGUCGGCGCAAGAGUUAGGAGAAUUGAAGGAGAACGAUAACGAUGCUUUUUUGCAGAAAUUUGGCGAGGCGAGCUUAAAGAGAUACAUAUUUACGUUAAGGGCGAAAUCUGAAGUUUUUCAGGAUGAAAUGAGAAUAAAACACGUAUGUUUGUCAGUCGCACCUAUAAAUUACAAGACUUACCUGGCACAUCUGAUAGACAGAGUUUCCAAGCUGGUGCACAUUGAGAAAUUGGAUACCAAUUAGAUUUCAUUAAAAUGAAAUUUUUGUUUAAAACUUAUAAGUC